AUGUGUAAAUCACUGCGUUACUGCUUUAGUCAUUGUCUCUAUUUAGUAAUGACAAGACUGGAAGAAGUAAACCGAGAAGUGAACAUGCAUUCUUCAGUGCGGUAUCUUGGCUAUUUAGCCAGAAUCAACUUCCUGGUUGCUAUAUGCUUAGGUCUUUAUGUAAGAUGGGAAAAAACAGCAAAUUCCUUAAUUUUGGUAAUUUUUAUUCUUGGUCUUUUUGUUCUUGGAAUUGCUAGCAUACUCUAUUAUUACUUUUCAAUGGAAGCAGCAAGUUUGAGUCUCUCCAAUCUCUGGUUUGGAUUCUUGCUUGGCCUCCUAUGUUUUCUUGAUAAUUCAUCCUUUAAAAACGAUGUGAAAGAAGAAUCAACCAAAUAUUUGCUCCUAACCUCCAUAGUAUUAAGGGUAUUAUGCUCUUUGGUGGAGAGAAUUUCUGGUUAUGUCCGUUAUCGACCCACUUUACUAACCACAGUUGAAUUUCUGGAACUUGUUGGAUUUGCUGUUGCCAGCACAAUUAUGUUGGUGGAGAAGUCUUUGAGUGUUAUUUUACUCGUUGUAGCUUUGGCCAUGCUGCUUAUUGACCUGAGAAUGAAGUCUUUCCUAGCUAUUCCAAACUUAGUUAUUUUUGCAGUCUUACUGUUUUUCUCCUCAUUGGAAACUCCCAAAAAUCCAGUUGCAUUUGCAUGUUUUUUUAUUUGCUUGAUAACUGAUCCUUUCUUUGACAUUUAUUUUAGUGGACUUUCAGUGACUGAAAGAUGGAAACCCUUUUUGUACCGUGGAAGAAUUUGCAGAAGACUUUCAGUAGUUUUCACCGGAAUGAUUGAGCUUACAUUUUUUAUUCUUUCAGCAUUUAAACUUAGAGACACUCAUCUCUGGUACUUUGUAAUACCAGGCUUUUCCAUUUUUGGAAUUUUCUGGAUGAUUUGCCAUAUUAUUUUUCUUUUAACUCUAUGGGGGUUCCAUACCAAAUUAAAUGACUGCCAUAAAGUAUAUUUUACCCACAGGAUAGAUAGCAAUAGCCUUGAUAGAAUCAUGGCAUCUAAAGGAAUGCGUCAUUUUUGCUUAAUUUCAGAGCAGUUAGUUUUUUUUAGUCUUCUUGCAACAGCAAUUCUGGGAGCAGUUUCCUGGCAGCCAACAAAUGGAAUCUUCUUGAGCAUGUUUCUAAUUGUUUUGCCAUUGGAAUCCAUGGCUCAUGGGCUCUUCCAUGAAUUGGGUAGCUGUUUAGGUGGAACUUCUGUUGGAUAUGCUAUUGUGAUUCCUACCAACUUCUGCAGCCCUGAUGGUCAGCCAACACUUCUUCCACCAGAACACGUACAGGAGUUAAAUUUUAGGUCUACUGGCAUGCUCAAUGCUAUCCAAAGAUUUUUUGCGUAUCAUAUGAUUGAGACCUAUGGAUGUGACUAUUCCACAAGUGGACUGUCUUUUGAUACUCUACAUUCCAAACUGAAAGCUUUCCUUGAACUUCGGACUGUGGAUGGACCUAGACAUGAUACAUAUAUUUUGUAUUACAGUGGGCACAGCCAUAGUACAGGAGAGUGGGCUCUUGCAGGUGGGGACAUACUACGCCUUGACACACUUCUAGAAUGGUGGAGAGAAAAGAAUGGUUCCUUCUGUUCCCGACUCAUUAUUGUAUUAGACAGUGAGAAUUCAACCCCUUGGGUGAAAGAAGUGAGAAAAAUCAGUGACCAGUAUAUUGCAGUGCAAGGAGCAGAACUGACAAAGAUAGUAGACAUUGAAGAAGCUGACCCACCACAGCUGGGUGACUUUACAAAAGACUGGGUAGACUAUAACUGCAACUCCACUAAUAACAUCUGCUGGACUGAUAAGGGACGCACAGUGAAAGCAGUAUAUGGUGUGUCAAAACGGUGGAGUGACUACACUCUACAUUUGCCGACGGGAAGUGAUGUGGCCAAGCAUUGGAUGUUACACUUUCCUCGUAUUACAUAUCCACUAGUGCAUUUGGCAAACUGGUUGUGUGGUCUGAACCUGUGUUGGAUCUGCAAAACUUGCUUUAGGUGCUUGAAAAGAUUAAAAAUGAGUUGGUUUCUUCCUACUGUGCUGGACACAGGACAAGGCUUCAAACUUGUCAAAUCUUAAUUUGCAACCCAAAGUGUAAACCCAUUAUUGGGAGUUCAUACUACCAGUUGUCACUGACUUGCCAUUUUUUUGUAUAUUGUGUUUUGUUUGUGAAAAAUACCUUGCUACUCUGUAGCUGCUCUCACUUUAUCUUUUCUCAAGUAAUUAUGCCAUAUGUAAGAUGUUGGGAAUAAGCAUUAUUUUAUACUAAAAGUAUGUGGGGAGUCAUAAAUGCUGACUAUAUAAAUGCAGAAGAGAGGUUAAAAGUAGCAACGCACUUUGAGGAAUAUUUACAUAUGCCUCUGAUUAGAAAGAAAACAUUUGACUAUGCUCUGCAGUAGCCAAUGAAGAAUUACUAAUGCCUUAUUUUCUAGGCAUAGAUUAGAGAAUAUAGAUCAGUUUGUUUACUUUAUGAAAAAACUGCCAAUUUGCUUACAGAGGAUUAUUUUUUGUGAACAGUAGAUUUGAGUCAAAGACCAUUUGAAGACUGUACAAACUCUUUCUUAGAAAAAAAGAAGUCUGCCUGAAAUGAAUAUAAAAUUUGCUUAUAGUCCAUCACAUUCAGGUGUCUUCAUUGUGACCUGGUACCAGUAUAGCAAAGAAGCCCAAAUCACCCUUUAGAUCAAAACAUUAUUCAUUAGGGAACUGUUAAGAAGUUAAAGCCUACAAGUUGCCUUUUCAUGCAUUGGUGGGGGUGGGGAAUGAUCUCUGAAAACACUGGCAAUUUUUAAGUCUUUCUCAGGGUAACAAUAUUUUCUUCAUGAACAAUGUUUUCAGCUACAAAUUCCUUCCAAAUUGUCUUCCCUUUCAAAAAAAAUUUAUAAAAGAAAUUUAGCAACUUCUCAUUUAAUCUAUUUGCAGUAUUCAGAAAUGACUUUGAUCUCUAUAAAGCUAAUGCUCUGCAAUGAAAAUUAUUUCACAAAUCCCCCAUUAGUGAUAAUAUUUUUUCUACUAAAGGUCAAAGUAUUGGAAACAGGUCAUUUUUUUCUUGUAUUAUGUAAAAAGUAUUCAUAUUGGCACUUCUUUUAGUUAUGCAUAAUGGUGUGGUUGUAAUGUUUAAAACUUAAUUCAGUGUUUUGUCUGAUUAGAGCAGGCACUGAUCAGGGUAUCUCCGAAGAAGUGAUUUACCUCCUAUUCCCUUCCAAUAAUCCUUAUAGUCUAAAUUUUCAUCUCAAAGACGACAUAACAAGAAGGGAAUAGAAUUAAACCGGGGGAUAAUCUAAUCUUUUUGUUGUUUAAAUUGUGCAACUUCUCACCAUUGAAGCCAUUUUUCCAGCCUCUGAGGGAGGAAAUAUGCCUCUACCUUUUUAUACCUGGUGACUUGAAAAUUGAAGUUUUAAUUAGAAGUCACUUAGUGUCAGGGAACUGAUAUGCCACAAUCUAUGCAGCAUUGUUAUAGUCUUAUUAUUUCUGUGUUUUGGAUAUGAUUUUCCUAAUGCUUUGAAUAAAAUUUUUCAUGUAACAUGCAAAUAAGUUACUGAAUAUUUUACUAUAUUAAAAGUGAUAAUCAUUAAAAAUGCCCAUAUAUUAGAUUUCAUGGUUCAUAGAGGGUGAUUUGAGAAUUUCCAAUAUUUUUGGUUAAUUUUAUAUCAACACCAUCCAAAUGAAAUAGUAUAGUGUUCAUUAAUAUUGAGGAAUAGUAUAGCAGAAAAGCCAAGUGUUAAAAUUAUGAGCUUACAACUUCAAAAAAAGAGAAAUUAACUUUCAGUAAAAUCUCCUUUUAAAUUACUGUGAUAAUAUUGAGCAAAUAGCUUUUAACUAAAGCAUAACUCUUUACUCUGAGAAAGUCAAAUGUUGAGGUAUAUUCUAUAUUCUUUAUAAAGUAGUAGUAGUAAAAUGGCACUGAAAGUCAUAUUCAAAAGUUAGCAGACAGUUUUACAGCCACAAAGCUAAUGUUUUCUCUGAAAGUACAACCAAAAAAGGUUUGGGCUAAAAAUGUGACUUCAGCCAAUUUAUUAUUUGUUGUUAAUAAGUUUUGGAAUAUCCACUUUGAUUAAUUCUCCUACUCAAACAAAAAAGUACAAAUGACUCUUAGGAGACUGCAUGCUAAAUUAAAGCUGUGAAUUUUAAAACAUUAAAGUAACUGAUACUAUAAAGAAGGAAUAUUACAGGAAGGAAUGAAUUGAUUUAUACUUUUACCUAAAGAUUAAUAGAUCUGACAGUUAAUAAGACCAGUUUUCUUAUAGCUGUUAUUUUAUAUAUCAUAUGUUAAAGAGUUACUUGGAGUGAUAGGAAUUAUUUUAGGGCAAAACUUUACCAUUCCACUAAAAAGAAAUAGAUAAUGUGGAGAUAUUUUUCAGCAUAAUGCUGUCUUGUUUCCUUGUAUAUACCUUGCUGAAACCACAAAAGCACUAUUCCCAAAGAACAUCUUUUUUAAAAGUGUACACUGUGGUGUGAUAAAUUAAGGAAAUUCUUUUUCAUCCCAUUAUUUUUCAUAUAUGCUAUUAUUUCAUUCAUACAUUUUGUUUUAAUUUGCUCUGACUAAUCUCUUCUUCCCUGGGAUAAUUGGAUUUAUCUUUGCAUAGCUUUCUACCUUGAUCUUAAUAAAUACAAAAUUGUACAGAUCUUUUUCAGAAGACCAUUUUUAUGACCAGUGUUUUUAUAUAAGUCCUAUGCUUUUAAAAAAUUACAUUGCUAAUUAAAAUAUACUUAUACUUAA